CAAAUCACAACUAUAAUGGGCUCAUUUGCAAAGGUUGUUUUAUUGCUGGCCUCUUUAGUCACUUUCUGCUACACAUUUUAUGUGGUCGGAAAAUUGACGCUGUUUCUCUCCAAGCCGCGAUCGAUUUCAAAAGCGCACAUCUGGGUCUUUAAUUUAUUGGACAACGACUCGCGAGUGGAAACCGCAUUUGGACCGCUUGUAUUCGACACUAUCUAUUUAAUCACAUUCAUAUUCCAGCAUAGCUUCUUUAAGUCAGCAAUAGUGAAGAAUCUGCUGCGCAAGUUGCACUUGGCUCCAGCCGAGCGAACUAUUUAUACUUUGACGUCAUCGCUUUGUUUACAUCACUUGGUGAAGAACUGGGUGCCUGCUCAGUCGAUUGUGCUCUGGCAAAUCGACGUGGAGGAGAGCAUCCCGCUUUGGUGGACUUUUGUUAUAACCCAUGGUAUAUGUUGGGCUAUCAUUUACGGAGGCAGCUUCAUUAUGGACCUGGGAGAGCUGCUGGGCAUCAAGCAGACCUAUUAUUAUCUACAUAACUACUCCGAGCCCAUCACAUUCAAGUCGCUUGAGCUGCGCAACCUGUACUCCCAUGUCCGUCAUCCAUCCUUUGUAGGAUUCACUCUCAUUCUGUUUGCCACCAACGUGAUGAGUAUUGAUCGCUUCCUGCUCGCUGUGCUGCUCACUGCGUACAUGUAUGUGGCCUGGUCCUCCGAUCAGACCGACGUCGCCUACCAAAAAAAACAGCUUCAGCGAAAGAAACAAGAACUAAAAGCUCAUUAAGGACAAGAUUAACAUGCGUUCUAGCGGGUCCUUUCCUGGAUACCUUUUUAAUUUAAGGAUCAUACAUGUUUAAGUAUCUUAUCUAUAUAUAUGUGCCUAAUAAACUACUAGCUCAUCCGCACCACCGA